AUGGACUCUCGAGGACUCAGUGGGCGACGCGGCGUGGGUGGGUCGCCACAUGCCGCCAACGCGUCGCAGGCGACGGCUCUGCGACCCAGCAGCGGGUCGCCUGCGAGGUCCGCUUCGCCCUCCCGAAGCGGCGUCAGCAGCGCAAUUCCCGGAGCCAGCUUAGUCACGUCGUCCACGUCAGCAUCUGGCGAUCCGCGGCGAGGCGGAGGUGGUGGAAGCGGAAGCUCCUCCCCCGUCCUCCGCCACGCGGCGCGCGGGCCCUCGUUUAAGUCACAGCAGCCGCGCCGCGAUUCGCGCCGCAAUCCUCUCAUGCAAUUCGGCCUCCAGUGCCUUACAACGUCCGCCGCCAUUCUCCUCUUCGCAUUACUGUUCACGGCCGACGCGAUCAUAUCUACGAUUUUAUCCUCCCCUAGAUCUACCUCCCCCGGCUCGUCCUCCCUAUCGGUCGUCUCCGAUCCCUUCGGCUCUGUCCACGUGACAGUAGGCGACGGGUCAGGCACGAGGCGACGAGCCGCGGAGUACGAAAAAGAGGCCUAUCAGAACCUCCCUGCCUCUGGCGGCGGAAAAGGCGGGAACGGGGAAGGCGGCUCUGUGCGGGGUGGCGCGGAGAAGCAGGCGGGGAGCGCAAGGGGGGGAGUGGCGGAGGCGGGGGGCCGCGCGGAGGCGCGGUGGCGCGCGGAGAGGCUGCGCGUCCAGUGGUCGGGUCCGCCAAUGGGGGAGGAGGUGCAGCAGCGGGUGGCUGCCGCGACGGCGGUGGUGGCUGAUGAGCGCAAGAGGCUCAACGCACAGCCGUUCCAGCUACACAUUCUGGUGAGGGCGGAGUGUGACAGCAAGGGGCUGAAGGCGCUGCUGCAGUCACUGCAGGACGUGAAAUACGGAGAGGACGAGGUGCAGCUCACAGUGGCGACAACCUGUAGUGCUGCUGCCCGGAGUGCCCAGGAGUUCCCCUGGUUCCACGGCCCGAGGCGCGUAAUCGAGCUAUCAGGCAACAGUGCCAAGCCCACCGACCCCCUCCCCCUCUGGUUCCCCGCCUCCCCCCGCGAGUUCCUCCUCCUCCUCGACCCCUCCUCCCGCGUCUCCCCCGGCCUCUACCCCGUGCUUAAAGCCCUGGCCCUCGCCCCUGCUGCUGCUGGUAACCCUGCCGCUUUCACUGUCGAGGCGAGCGUUGGGGGGUUUUAUGGGGGCUAUGGGGGAGAGGGUGUGGGGGAUGGAGCAGGGGAGAAGGGAGGACGGGAGCGAAGCAGCAGCAGCAGCAGUGGUGGUGGGGACGGUAGCGGAGGGGAUAGUAACGGAAGUGACAGUAGCGAGGAGGAGAGCACGGGUGCGCAUGUGUCAGGGCUGUUUGGGAUCGCUCUAGACCCGGACUCGCCCUUCCUCGCCGAAGACUCGCCAAUCAUGACGGGCUUUAAGCGCCCAGAAGAAGCCCUACUAGGGGGAGCAGCAGCAGGAGAAGCAGCAGGGGCAGCAGGAAGAGGGGCAGCAGCGGCGGGGAGAGCAGGGGGAGAAGCACCGGGAGUGGGGGUGUUGUCGUUGGCCAUGGCUCGUUCGUGCCAGGUGGUGUUUCCACAGCCGUGGCGGCAGUUCUGGGCGUGGCAUGCGCUGUCGCAGGCCCAGCAGGUCAACAGCGCUCACCUCAAGUUCGACUGGGAUGCCUACGACUUCAGCGCCCCCUGCCGGGAAGACUGGCGAGUGAGCUUCCUAACAUACGUGGAGGAAAACGACCUUUACAACCUUAUGCUACGCACACUCGAUCCUCAAGAGGACCCGAACAGCCCCACACAGCUCUGCUGCUCCAUCGACUCCCAAUCUCCCUCUUGCCUACCCACCCCCGCCCCGUCCUUCCUUCCGGAGGUGCCGCGGGGGGAGGUGGCGUGGAGUGCGGGUGAGCUGAGAGGGCUGCUGCAGCGCAUAGCGCGGCACUCUGCCGUGGCUGGCGUCAUGGUGUCGCCGGGCUAUGAUGACAUGCUCAACAACUGGGUGUGCUAUGUAAAGGUGCGUGGUGGGUGUGCAACAGUAGUCGAGGAGGUGCCGCGGGGGGAGGUGGCGUGGAGUGCGGGCGAGCUGAGAGGGCUGCUGCAGCGCAUUGCCUGGGACUCUGCCGUGGCUGGCGUCAUGGUGUCUCCGGGGUAUGAUGACAUGCUGAACAAGGAGCUCCAUAUCCGCAACUUCAUUAUAAACUCGCAGGACCCGGCACACGCGUUCUCUCUGAAGCGGAGGGGCUUUGCCGUGUACUGUGCCGGGUGCAGCAAACCAGGGGCUGGGGGGGUUGUGGGUGGGGCAGCAGUAGGAGAGGCAGAGCAGCAAGUAGCAGGUGUCACUGCUGCUGCUGCUGCUGCUGCUGCUGCUGCUGCUGCUGCUGCUGCUGCUGCUGCUGCUGCUGCUGCUGCUGCUGGUACUGAUUGUGCUACUCCUGUUGCGUCUCUCUCUCUCUCUCUCUCCCCCUUUCGUCCUCCUCCCAUCCACCUACAGGAGCUUCAAAUCCGCAACUUCUUUAUAAUCACGCAGGACCCGGCACACGCGUUCUCUCUGAAGCGGCGGGGCUUUGCCGUGUAUUGUGCCGGGUGCAGCAAACCAGGGGCAGGUGGGGGUGUGGAUGGGGCAUUGGUGGGAGAAGCAGGGCAGCAAGGAGCAGGAGCGCAGAAGGAGGGGGUGACGCCGGUGAUGAUUCACAACAACUACCUCAUCUCCAAGUGGAACAAGACCAGACGGUUUCUGAUCAAGGGCAUGUGGCGGGUCGACCAUAGAGGCCAAGCAUGCAAGUGCCUAGCGCUAUCCUGCACGCGGCCCAAGGACCCUUGGUCUCUCACCAACAACCCCACCCUCCCUGCUGCGCUGAGGGCCACGGCUGGGAUCAAGCCGCAAUCUCUGCUAAAGCGGAGGCGAGGAGGAGGCAGCAAGCAGAAGAACCAAGCAGGACCUGUUCCUGUCACAAACUCUUCUUUCACCGCUGCUGGUGCUGGUGGUGCUGGUGCUGGUGGUAAGGCUGGUGGUGCUGGUGCUGGUGGUAAGGCUGGUGGUGCUGGUGGUGCGGCUGGGAGGGCAGCGAAGCUAGUGGGAAGCUUGUUGAGGAGCGUGGUUGGCAGUGGGAGGAAGGAUGGUGAGACAAAAGGGGAUGAUCAGAAGAGAGGGGCAGCAAAGGGAGCGCGGUUGAAGGAGGGUGAAGCAGCACAGGGAGUGGAAGGAGAAGCAAAAGCAGUGAAGGGGAUUGAGAGUAAGGUGAUUCAGAAGGGCAGGCAGCGGCUGCAACAAGUAGCCAAGAGAGGAGGAAAGGGUGUGCAGCGGGUGAAGCGUUAA